AUGUCAGAACUAGACCCACUAGAUCAACAAUCACAGAUUAAUUAUAAAAGUCUACAAUAUCUACUACAAGAAAUAGUACCGACAUCAAUACGAGUCUCACAACAAGUAACAAACCCAAAUUAUUCAAAUAAAACCAAAACUUCAAAACCAUCGAUUGAUUCAGAUACAAAUACGGAAAUACCGAUCAAUGAAGUAAAAGAUUUAAAUUUGGAAGAUUCCACUCAAGAAACAACAGCAACAUCCAAUAAAUAUCAAACAAGAAUAAAUCAACAAUUAUCUCAAAUAAAAAACGAUUUACCAGGGACGAUAAACAUCUUAGAUACUCAAUUAUUAUAUACAGAUGAUGUAACAAUAAGAAUAGAACAAUUUGGUUAUAAUUUAGGUUUAAAAAUUUCAGAAAUUUUAUUAUAUAAAAAUUCUCAAUCAACAACAAAAAUUAUAGAUAUAUUAGAUAUAAUGAAAUUUAUAUGUCGUGAUGUUUGGAAAUAUAUUUUUUUAAAACAAAUUGAUAAUUUAAGAACAAAUCAUAGAGGUACUUUUGUUUUAAUAGAUAAUAAAUUUAAAUGGUUUGAAAAUUUUAGUUCUCAACAAUUUGAAAAUGGUUUACAAGAUACUAUUUUAAAAUCUAAAAUUUAUUUAUGGUUUCCUUGUGGUUUAAUAAAGGGUAUAUUAUGGAACUUUGGAAUUGAUGGAAAUGUUAUACCUGAAAUUACUCAAUUUCCUUCUGUUCAAUUUAAUAUUCAAACUGGUGUAAAUAAUUAG